UCUCUCUAGAGUGCAUGCACUCUAUAGCAAAAACCUCAACAAACAAACAAAGAGAAGACAAAGGGUUUUGCUCUAAACACAAUCCCCCCCUCACAUUUUCAGUAAUCCAAUUCAGCCCACCUAGGGAGCAGGGCUGCAGGGGCUGUCUUUUCCACAGACACCCUUACAGACUUCGGGGCUGCCCACCCUACCCCUAACUCUUGGGGAACACCCAUUCCACUUGGUGAAAAUGCAAAAUGCGGACCUGAGUUGCAAAGAGUAAAUAGAGAAUUCUGGCUGGAAGAAGGAAGGCCACGCUUGUGAUCCGCUUGUCAAGAAAGCUGGAUAUCACGGGCUCCACUGUGCGAUUGGAGGACCCAGGGAGCUGCUUGCAAAACACACUGGGCGGGGACCAACAGGUGCCUUAACGGUUAGGUCGCUGGAUUCCUGCGUAGUCGACAGCGGUUCAAGUCCCAAUAGUGACUCUGGAUGCAUGGUACCGAAAGCCCAGACGAGAAUGGAGAAGGGAUUGCAGCAUGGUCAUUCCCCCUGGGGGUGAUUUCCGGCUUUCUGUCUGUCUAGGUCUCUCCAGGGAGUGCAUAUAUCCUAUAGCAAAAAUCUGCCUUAAACAAUGGUCCCUCUCUCCCCAGGAGGCGCGUUCUCACUUUCCCUCCCUCUGGGUCUCUCUGGUAUGCACACGCCCCCUGUAGGAAAAACAAAUGAAAACAAAGCAGAGAAAAAGCUUGCACCCAGGACAGACAUUUCAAACCGGAGCCUCCCGAAACCGAAAUAGCACUCAGCUCUGUGGAACCCACUGGCCCUGGCCCAAGCGGUUUCCGAGACUGAAAACCGAGACUUCCCUGCACCGCCGUGGCUCCCUGGAGGGGCGUGCCCAGAGGCUCCCGGUACCCAGGCCUAAUCCGGAUUAACUAACACCCCCAGCCCGAGCCUUCUGGGACCCUGGGGACCAGGAAAACCUGUUUAAGCGCGCUGUUCCCCAGACUCAGGGCCCCAGGAGAGGGAGCGGAUUACGGAGGGAGUCCCGCACCCCAGCUCCCCAGCUCGGAGAGCGGAAGUGCAGGCGCUGGGCGGAUCCGCGGCGCAAACCCUCGGGGCAAGGUCCUUUGCUCCCCUCCAGCGCUCUGCCAAGCGACCCACCGCGCACAGGGGCGCGCGCCGGCCUGCCGCCAGGGUCGGUAUGAGGGCCCUACUCUUUCUCUGCUUGCUUCUGGAGACUUCCGGAACUAAACCAGCCGAGGUCUUGAAACCGAAUAUUCUCCUGAUAAUGGCGGACGACCUGGGCAUUGGGGAUGUUGGUUGCUAUGGGAACAAAACACUGAGGACACCAAAUAUUGACCGGCUUGCAGAGGAAGGUGUGAGGCUCACCCAGCACCUGGCAGCCGCCCCGCUCUGCACCCCGAGCAGAGCUGCGUUCCUUGCAUGGAGGCCAGCGAUGGCUACCGGGCCCUGCAGUGGAACGCAGGCUCGGGCGGGCUCCCGGAGAACGAAACCACUUUCGCGAGAAUCCUGCAGCAGCAAGGUUAUGCCACAGGUCUCAUAGGAAAGUGGCACCAGGGGGUCAGCUGUGCCUCUCGUGAUGACCACUGCCACCACCCCCUGCACCACGGCUUCGGCUACUUCUACGGCAUGCCUUUCACACUCGUCAAUGACUGCGAACCGGGCAGACCCCCCGAAGUAGAUGCUGCCACGAGGGCGAAGCUCCAGCAGUACACGCAGAUGCUGGCCUUGGGGGUCCUGACCCUGGCCGCGGCCAAGCUGGGCGGCUUGCUGUCUGUGCCCUGGAGGGUGGUGGUGGCCGCGGCCAGCCUGCUGCUCCUGUUCUUCCUGGCCUGGUACUCCAGCCUCGGGUUCGUGCGCCGCUGGAACUGCAUCCUCAUGAGGAACCACGCCGUGACCGAGCAGCCCAUGGAUGUGACCCGAGCAGCCGGGCGCGUGCUCCAGGAGACGGUGUCCUUCAUUGAGAGGAACAAGCGAGGGUCGUUCCUGCUGUUCGUGUCCCUGCUGCACGUGCACCUCCCCCUGGUGACCUCCAGGGCCUUCCUGGGGAAGAGCCGGCACGGGCUGUACGGCGACCACGUGGAGGAGAUGGACUGGCUGCUGGGCCAGAUCCUCGAUGCCGUGGAAGAACACGGGCUGACGAACACGACCUUCACGUAUUUCACCUCUGACCACGGGGGACACUUGGAGGCCAGAGAUGAGCGCGGCCAGCUGGGCGGGUGGAAUGGAAUUUACAGAGGGGGCAAAGGCAUGGGAGGCUGGGAAGGCGGCAUCCGCGUCCCGGGGAUAUUCCGCUGGCCCGGGGUGCUGCCGGCCGGCCGCGUGAUGCAUGAGCCCACUAGCCUCAUCGAUGUCUUCCCCAACGUCUUCCCCACCGUGGUCCAGCUGGGGGGCGGCCAGCUGCCCCAGGACAGGGUGAUGGACGGCCACAGCCUGCUGCCCUUGCUCCGAGGGGCAGCUGAGCACUCGGACCACGAGUUCCUGUUCCAUUACUGUGGGCGGCACCUGCACGCGGCCCGCUGGCACCAGAAGGACAGUGGAAGGCUCUGGAAGGUGCAUUACACCACACCGAAGUUCCACCCCGAGGGCACGGGGGCCUGCUUCGGCCAAGGCAUCUGCCCCUGCUCCGGGGAGGGCGUGACCCACCACAGCCCCCCUCUGCUCUUCGACCUCUCCACGGACCCCUCCGAGGCCCGGCCCCUGUCCCCCGGCUCGGAGCCCCAGUUCCAGGCGGUGAUCGCCCGGGUGGGUGAGGCCGUGGCUGAGCAUCGCAAGACUCUGAGCCCUGUGCCCGCCCAGUUCUCCACGGCCAACAUCAUGUGGAAGCCAUGGCUGCAGCCGUGCUGUGGGACCUUCCCCUUCUGUGCCUGCCGGGAGGACGGGGACGGCCCCCUGUAACCAGGACCCCGAUGGGACCACUGUGUAGAUGAAGAAGACCUUAUGCAGGACCUUCGAGACAGCACCAGGUGCCCCACAGCUCCCUCUUGCAGAACAAGUGAGCCGGGCUCAGCACUGAACAGCCAGGAAGCACUCUGGGGCUGGUGGGUGGGAAUUUACUAAGAGGAGACCCCGGGGCGUUCAUGCCUGGAAGACAAGGCCCCAAGCAAAGGCCGCUGCAGCAGGCUUCUGACCUCUCCAGCCUGAGUCUCACCCCUCAUCCUCCUCUAAGACAGAACACAGAAACUACUGCGGACGCCCUCUUUCCCAAGCCGGGUCACAGAAAGCCAAAUCCGCCCUUCUCCAAAACCGACCAUGAGACCUGAACACAGGGCCAGCAGAUGGCGUGGUGGCGAAGAUGCUGGAUUCCCACAUGGUUGACCAUGGUUCGAGUCCCGGA